AAUCCCAAAAAAAAAAAAAAAAAAAAAAAAAACAAUCAGACGAAAGGGGGACGAGUAUGAUACUUGACGAAGAAAAUCUCUGUAAAUUAGGGUUUUGAUCUUCAAAUUCAUCUCGGUGCGUCUGGACGGUUUAUUUUAAAAAUCAGGUAGGCAAAACCUUCAAUCAUCAGAAAGCUCUUUCGAUUCUCUUCUAUUUAAUAGUAUUACAUCAUUAUAGUCCAACUUGUUGUACUAUUUUGGACCGCUAUUCUGACAAUGGCCGUCUCCGAAGACGGUUUAAAGAAGCUCGAGUACCUAUCCCUGGUCUCUAAGGUAUGUUCGGAGCUCGAAACCCAUUUAGGGUUUGGGGAUAAAGUUCUCGCAGAGUUCAUAACGGAGAUGGGCAGGAACUGCGAGACCGUGGAUGAAUUCGAUGCCAAAUUGAAGGAAAACGGUGCAGAAAUGCCCGACUACUUUGUUCGUACACUCCUAACUAUAAUUCACGCGAUACUUCCUCCGAAGCCCAAAUCAGACAAGGAUUCGAAGAGAGAUGGUGGUUCUGAUGGUAAGGAGGCCAAAUAUCAGGCCCUGGCGAUCGCCGACAGUAGGGAUAGAGCGAAGGAGCUUGAGAAGGAAAUUGAGAUGGAGGCCCGAGCGAGGCGCAGAGAUGGAGAAGAAGGAGAAGAAGAUCAAAAAGAAGGUAGGCGUAGAGAUAGAGAUAAAGAUAGAGACAGAGAGAGAGGCAGAGACAGAGACAGAGACAGAGACAGAGCCAGGGAUAGAGAUAGAGACAGAGACAAAGACAGAGAAAGAGAUAGAGAUGAGAGAGAUAGGCGCAGGGAUAGAUAUGAUGGGAAUGAAAGGCGUAGGGACAGGGAUGAUGAAAAUGGCAGGGGAAGGCAUCGGGACCAAUACGAGAAGCAUAGGAGAGGAAGGUACGAAGAGGAUGGGGAUUCGAGGGAAGAAGAUGAUGACCGAAGAGGUAACAAGGAUCGUCCGAAUGGAAAGUACCACUCCAAUGAGCCGGAAUUGUAUAGUGUUUACAAAGGCAGGGUAUCCAGGGUUAUGGAUACGGGUUGUUUUGUUCAGUUGAACGAUUUUAGGGGAAAGGAAGGUUUGGUCCAUGUUUCACAGAUUGCAACUAGGCGAAUUGGUAAUGCCAAGGACGUUGUGAAGAGGGAUCAGGAAGUUUAUGUCAAGGUGAUUUCCAUUUCGGGUCAGAAGUUGAGCCUUUCAAUGAGGGAUGUUGAUCAGAAUACGGGGAAGGAUUUGCUUCCUUUGAAGAAGAGCUCAGAGGAUGAUGCUUUUAGAACGAACCCGACAGGGUCUAAGGAGGGGCCGAUUACAAGGACUGGACUUUCUGGAAUCAAGAUUGUGGAAGAGGAUGGUGUUGUCCCAUCACGCCGACCCCUGAAGAGGAUGAGCUCGCCUGAGAAAUGGGAGGCCAAACAGUUGAUAGCCUCUGGCGUUUUGGGUGUCACUGAGCAUCCAAUGUAUGAUGAGGAAGCUGAUGGAUUGGUGUAUCCAGAAGAGGGUGCUGAGGAAGAGCUUGAGAUUGAGCUUAAUGAGGAUGAGCCAGCCUUUUUGCAAGGACAGAGCAGGUACUCUGUGGAUAUGUCACCUGUGAAGAUCUUUAAGAAUCCAGAAGGGUCUUUGAGUCGUGCAGCUGCACUUCAGUCUGCACUGAUUAAGGAGCGUAGAGAAGUACGGGAACAGCAACAACGAACCAUGCUGGAUUCUAUUCCGAAGGAUCUGAAUCGUCCUUGGGAAGACCCUAUGCCAGAGACAGGUGAGAGGCAUCUUGCACAGGAGCUCAGGGGUGUUGGAUUGUCUGCCUAUGACAUGCCCGAGUGGAAGAAGGAUGCUUUUGGCAAAACAAUCAGUUUUGGGCAGAGGUCAAAGCUCUCAAUUCAGGAGCAAAGGCAGAGCUUGCCUAUCUACAAGCUUAAAAAGGAAUUGGUUCAGGCAGUGCAUGAUAAUCAGGUUCUUGUUGUCAUUGGUGAGACUGGUUCUGGUAAAACAACCCAGGUAACUCAAUAUCUUGCUGAAGCAGGUUACACAACAAGAGGUAAAAUUGGGUGCACUCAACCACGUAGAGUGGCUGCAAUGUCUGUGGCCAAGAGGGUGGCUGAAGAGUUUGGUUGUCGGCUGGGGGAGGAAGUUGGUUAUGCAAUUCGUUUUGAGGAUUGUACUGGACCAGAGACUGUAAUUAAGUAUAUGACUGAUGGUAUGCUUCUCAGGGAGAUUUUGAUUGAUGACAGCCUUUCGCAAUACUCGGUGAUCAUGCUUGAUGAAGCUCAUGAGAGGACUAUCCAUACUGAUGUGCUGUUUGGAUUACUGAAGCAACUUGUGAAGCGGAGGCCAGACCUUCGCUUGAUUGUCACAUCUGCCACUUUGGAUGCAGAGAAGUUUUCUGGCUAUUUCUUCAACUGUAACAUCUUCACAAUCCCUGGACGAACGUUUCCGGUUGAGAUUCUCUACACAAAACAACCAGAAAGUGAUUACCUAGAUGCUGCUCUAAUCACAGUCUUACAGAUCCACUUAACUGAACCUGAAGGGGAUAUCCUUCUGUUUUUGACUGGACAGGAGGAGAUUGACUUUGCCUGCCAGUCACUUUAUGAAAGGAUGAAAGGACUAGGUAAAAAUGUUCCUGAAUUGAUUAUUCUCCCUGUUUAUAGUGCCCUUCCUAGUGAAAUGCAGUCGAGGAUAUUUGACCCUGCCCCUCCAGGGAAAAGGAAAGUGGUUGUGGCUACCAAUAUUGCUGAGGCAUCAUUGACCAUUGAUGGGAUAUUCUAUGUUAUUGAUCCUGGGUUUGCAAAGCAAAAUGUAUAUAAUCCAAAGCAAGGGUUAGAUUCCCUUGUGAUAACUCCAAUUUCACAAGCAUCAGCCAAGCAACGAGCCGGCCGUGCUGGGCGUACAGGCCCUGGGAAAUGUUACCGCCUUUACACCGAGAGUGCGUACCGGAAUGAGAUGUCCCCCACUUCAAUUCCAGAAAUCCAGAGGAUAAAUCUUGGAAUGAUCACUCUUUCAAUGAAAGCAAUGGGUAUAAAUGAUCUCCUCUCUUUUGAUUUUAUGGAUCCACCUGCACCUCAGGCUCUCAUUUCUGCCAUGGAGCAGCUGUAUAGUUUAGGAGCAUUGGAUGAGGAGGGACUUUUGACCAAAUUGGGCAGGAAAAUGGCCGAGUUUCCUCUGGAUCCCCCAUUAUCUAAGAUGUUACUUGCUAGUGUGGACCUUGGAUGCAGUGACGAAAUCUUGACCAUCAUAUCAAUGAUUCAGACGGGGAAUAUAUUUUAUAGGCCCCGUGAAAAGCAAGCCCAGGCAGAUCAGAAACGGGCCAAGUUUUUUCAACCAGAGGGAGACCAUCUGACUCUACUUGCAGUCUAUGAGGCUUGGAAAGCUAAAAAUUUUUCUGGGCCAUGGUGCUUUGAGAAUUUUGUGCAAUCUCGAUCUUUAAGGAGGGCACAGGAUGUCAGAAAACAGCUUCUUACCAUCAUGGAUAAGUAUAAAUUGGAUGUUGUCAGCGCAGGAAAGAAUUUUACUAAGAUCAGGAAGGCAAUUGCAGCAGGAUUUUUCUUCCAUGCAGCUAGAAAGGACCCGCAGGAGGGAUAUAGAACCCUAGUUGAGAAUCAACCAGUUUAUAUUCACCCAAGCAGUGCUCUUUUUCAGAGACAGCCAGACUGGGUGAUCUACCAUGAGCUGGUUAUGACUACAAAAGAGUAUAUGCGCGAGGUCACAGUUGUGGACCCCAAAUGGCUUGUUGAACUGGCUCCAAGAUUCUUCAAAGUAGCUGAUCCUACUAAGAUGAGCAAGCGCAAGCGUCAAGAACGCAUUGAGCCGCUAUAUGACAGAUACCACGAGCCUAAUUCCUGGCGAUUGAGUAAACGUCGUGCUUAAUUUGUGUUUCCAUCUCGGAUUGCUUUCUGGUAUUAAAUUUCAUGAGCUGAUUUUUGAAUUUUGACCCUUCCAUCAUUCCUUCCCCCCCUCCCCUUUAAUAAUCGAUUUGCUAACCAUAAUGCUAGUUGUUGUGAAUUAUAUAUUACUAACAUUGACUAUGCAAUUAAUGCUAAUUGUUAAAGAAAUUAUAUGAUUUUCGAUGACAAUUUAAUAUUGACUAA